CUAGUUUUUGAAAUGGGUGAAUUUAAAGCACUCAUUUUUGUGAGUGCACCGAGGUAGUCACCUAUAUAUAUAGUUCAGACUAGCAUACAUCAGUCGCACAUUAUACGCCCGUUGAGUUUUACUAUUUAGAGCACGAAUUAACUGAAGUUUUGGGCUUGAUACUAUACCAUAAUCUCUGAUGAGUGAACCCCGGUCCCUAAUUCUCUAAACCAAGCCACACUUGUUAUUUGCACUUCAAUAUAUUUCGCUGAAUCAGAACUGUCGGUUAUAAAAUUUUUAUUAAAUGAAUCUUGUGGCUCGGGUUAGAGAAUUGGGGACCGAGGUUUACCCAUUACGGUUAGGGUAUAGUAUCAUGCCUCGAACUCUUAUUUAUUCGUGCUAUAAAUACUAAAAUUCGACUGCUUACGGUAGUGUGAAUACAAGAGUAUGCUAGCCUGAACCAUAUAUAUGUGGUGGCUUCUAUCGUACCUUGUGUAAAAUCUAGGGUACGACAUACCCUAAGUAAGAAUACGCUAUCUAAACCUUGUAUUAAUCGAUUUUUUGGUCAUUAUACUAUACCCUAACCCUUGACGAGUGAACCUUGUGUAUCGACGAAUCAUAACCGUCGAUUUUUUUCUAAUUAAAUUGAUCUUAGUGUAUGAGAUUUCUAGAAUUAAGACCUAUAUUUUAAUCUAUAAGGGUUUGAGAAUAGUAGCAUAUGUCAAACUUGUAGAACCAAGUUACCAAAUCAGAGUUGCUUUCAAAAAGGAAAGAAGACAGCCAGAGACAGCACAGAAACUACCAUUUCAGUCAUGCGUUUGAUUUCAAGCACAACGGUCAAGAAUAGGCUGAUGGCUAUAUAUAGUCGAGCUCUGCAUCUUUGUUUAGUACUUUUUGUAAGGGUGGUAAAGGGCUGCUCACAAUCUGGGUUAAUCAUAAGAGGAAUAGGUUCUGGUGGAUGAAUGGUGUAACGGGUCAGCGAUAGGGAUCCGGACUGAAAACUCUUUCUGUAUUGCUUUGAGUCAUUGUCUGUGUCAAGCUGCUUGAUAGGAAAAAAUCAAAUAAAAAAGAGUCUCCUAGACAUCAGUGAAGUACUGAGUCUAGGACGAGGAGUGACCAGUAGAUUGGGAACCUCGUUAAAAUUCCCUGUGUUCUUUCGUUUUACUGCUGGUUCUUGCGUUCCUCUCUUUCUGGUUCUUCUUCGGCUCUGUUUUGUUCAUCUGCUUCUGAUACUCUGCUUCUCAAGGAAGAAGAUGAGUGUAUCAGUGAACUGAAGCGGGCUGAGGGAGACUGGGCUCUUAAAUCAGUGGGUUUCGCAUAUUUAUUUGAGUGGGCUGCUAACAACCUUCUAGGCCCACUUCUUGCUUUCGUUUAAGCCUCUUAGAGACAAACUGUUUUCCAGUCUUCGUAUCUAUCGACUGUUCUUCUCCCUUCUGUGUUUCUAUCCCUAGAAUAUUGUUCUUAGCUUUUAGUUUACAAUUGGUAUCAGAGCCUGGUUCUUGACGAAGGUAAUUCCUGCCAAGGCAAAGAUCAAAUGGCCUCUUCUUCUUUCGGCCAAGCGGCAUUAAAUCAUCCUCCAAUCUUCACUGGUUCAAAUUAUACCGCGUGGAAGAAGAGGAUGAAACAAUUCAUGUGGGGUGUUGACGAAGACUUGUGGUUGAUAGUGCAGGAUGGGCCGAUCAAUGCUAAAGUGGAAGAGCAGCAUCUGUGGUCGGCAGCACAAAAGAAAAGUGCACAGCUGAAUCAACGGGCGUUGCAUGUGCUCCAAUCAGCCAUGAAUCCAGACGAAGCAGAUCAAGUUGAGAACUGUGAGACAGCCAGGAAAAUCUGAAUGGCACUGGAAAGCACGUAUGAAGGUACAUCCAAUAUUAGGGAAUCUCGAAUUGAUUUAUUAGUUCAUGAAUAUGAAGCCUUUGGUAUGCUGAAUAAUGAGAGUAUUCAUGAAAUGUAAUCAAGAUUCACUGAGCUGAUCAAUAAGUUGAAGGGUCUAGGAAGAGUGUUUCAAACUAAAGAUCUUAAUAGGAAAAUUCUUAGGUCGUUGCCUAAGGAAUGGCCUCCCAAGCGUACUACUAUCGCGGAAGCUAAAAAUCUAGCAAAUUUACCUAUAAAUGAGUUGAUUGGAUCCUUGCUUAGUCACGAAAAUGUGAUUAAACAGGUGAAUCAGGAUGAUGAUAAGAGAAAGAAAAUUUUGGCUUUCAAAUCCAAAGUUAUUGCUCAGAAGUCUGAAAGUGAUUCUGAGUCAGAGUUUGAUAGAGAAUUUGCUCUUGUCAACAAGAGAUUUCAUCGUAUGCUGAAAUAUAAAAAUGAAAGAAAACUAAAAACUGAUGAACCUCGUAAACAAGGGCAUGAUUAUUCUAAUAACUUCUCUCAAGCAAGGCUGCCUUACCAGCAGACCAGAAGAUUUGAGACAGGUGCGCAGGAAAAAGAACCACAGGCCUGUUACAAGUGUGGUAAAACUGGACACAUUCGAGCGAAUUGUUCAUUGACCUUGAAGGCCAAGGAAAAGGCGAUGAAGGCCUCCUGGAGUGACUACGACUCAGAAGUAGAGGAAAAUUCAGCAGAUGAGGAAGCUUUCAUGGCAUUCAAAAGCGCGAUUCUACCUAGUACCAAUGCAGUCAAAAGCGCGAUUCUACCUAGUAGCGAAAAAGGGGUAAAAUCGUAAAGCGUAGUAUCAAAGCGUAAAAGCGUAAGUUUUUACGCAUACUGAAAAAUAAUUAAAAAUCUAUUAAAUAGGACAUAUACUAUAUAAAAUAUGAAUGCACAGAAUUUAGAUAAGUUAAUAAAUACAUGCAACUCAUGCUUAAAGUAGAGCAACUUAUAGCAUCUUAAUAAUAAGUUCGUAAACAUAAAUUUUAACAAUAAACCACUUUUCCUUCUAUGCUAAUGAAUUUGGGAAAAGUCUAGCAGGUGAAUUAGAUUACGCUAUUAAAGUUGAGAAUGCAUCCAAGUACCUGAUAUGUAUAUUCUAAUCUCAAAUGUAUCAUAUUGUUGGUGAUUUACUUUUAAAAUAUACUUUUUAUAAUUAAUUUCAUGAAAAGAAUAAUCAUUUAGUGAACUAAAAGCGUAAAAACGUAAAGCGUUUUGGUGAACUAGAAGCGUAAAACCUUAAGUUUUUAAACUUUAAAGCGCAAUUUAGUCCGAUUUUAUAUACUUAAGUUUUUAGAUGGAAACGAAAGCGUUUUGGUGACCUAAAAGCGUAAAAUCGUAAGUUUUUAAGUUUUAAAGCGCGAUUUUGACUGCAUUGCCUGUUACAUCUUAAAUCGUGUGCUUGUUCGAAAAGGUUUAAUGAAAACUCCUUUUAGAUUUACAAAAACAAAGCACCUAAUAUUGGCUAUUUCCAUCCGUUUGGGUGUCCUUGUUUUGUUCUCAACACUAAGGAGUAUCUAGGCAAAUUUGAUGCCAAGUCUGAUGAGGCUGUGUUUCUGGGUUAUUCCAUUAAAGGACAGGCUUACCGUAUCUAUAACAAGCGAACUAAGAAGGUGGAAGAGUCGGUUCAUGUUAAAUUCAAUGAUGCUAAUGCUGUUGUCGAGUUCUCUGAACAGGAAAUAAUGUCAUUUGACCUACUGGAACUAACGAGAGAGAUAGAAGAUGAAGGGGUGGCUGCUGGUAACUCUCAAGAAAAGCAAAAUAACCUGCAAGCAUCCCCAGAACAAGAUCCUCAACCACUGGUUAAUGCUCAAUUAGACAGUGUCAACACAACAAAUACAGAGCAAACUCAGCCUGCAGCUCCACCACACAUUCAAAAGCGUCAUCCAACAGAACAAAUCAUAGGAGAUGCCAAUGCUGGAAUUCAAACUCGUGGAAACAAAUAUACUCCAGGUCAGUAUGCCUAUAUUUCUCAAGUAGAACCUAAGAACUAUAGAGAAGCUCUAAAAGAUGAUGGUUGGUCCAUUGCCAUGGUAGAAGAGCUAAAUCAAUUUGAUUACUUGCAUGUUUGGGAUUUGGUUCCACGUCCUAUUAAUACCAAUGUGUUAGGAACUAAAUGGGGUUUUCGAAAUAAAUCAAACGAAAAAGGCAUUAUUAUUCGUAACAAAGCCAGAUUAGUGGCUCAAGGUUACUUGCAAGAAGAAUUAAUUGAUUACGACGAAACUUUUGCUCAUGUGGCUCGUCUUGAAUCAAUCCGAUUGUUAUGUGCCUUCGCAAGUUAUAUGAAAUUUAAGCUUUUCCAGAUGGAUGUUAAAAGUGCUUUUUUAAAUGGAGUUAUUCAAGAAGAUGUUUACGUUGAACAACCUCCUAGUUUCUUAGAUCAUCAGUUCCCUGAUCACGUUUUUAAACUUAAUAAAGCUCUGUAUGGCCUUAAACAGGCUCCUCGAGCAUGGUAUGAACGUUUGACUAUGUUUCUUAAGUAAGAACAUUUCGUGCAAGGGGCUGUUGAUAAAACUCUGUUUAUUAAAAAGGUUUCAGAUGAUCUUUUACUAGUUCAAAUUUAUGUUGACGACAUCGUGUUUGGGUCAACUAAUGAAAAACUAUGCUCUGAUUUCUGUGAGUCAAUGAAAAACGUGUUUGAGAUGAGCAUGAUGGGAGAAUUGAAAUUCUUCUUAGGCCUGCAAGUCAAGCAAACUCCUUAUGGGAUUUUCAUUAAUCAAUCUAAAUACAUCUCUAGUAUGCUAAGUAAAUUCAAUAUGACUGCCCUAAAUACAAGUCCCACACCUAUGCCGACUAAUGUUAAACUGGAUAAGGAUGAAGCUGGAAUUCCAGUAGAUGAAUCCCUCUAUCGAGGCAUGAUCAGCUCUCUUCUUUACUUAACUGCUAGCAGACCAGAUAUUCAGUAUAGUGUGCGCUUAUGUGCUCAUUUUCAAUGUCAACCUAAAGAAAGUCAUCUCACUGCUGUUAAACGCAUCUUUAGAUAUGUUAAAGGUACAUCUGAUGUAGGUCUAUGGUAUAGCCAGCAAGAAUUGUUUGAUCUUAUGGGAUAUUGUGACUCCGAUUUUGCUGGAAGUCUCACUGAUCGUAGAAGUACCACUGGUAGUUGUCACUUUGUCGGUCUCUCUCUUGUUUCUUGGUCCUGCAAGAAACAGGGUAUUGUUGC